CAAACCCAACAACAGUUCUUCAAUCGAAUCUGGCAUUCUUCAAUCAAACCCAACAAGGGUACAUCAAUCAAACCCAACAAGGGUACAUCAAUCAAACCCAACAUUCUUCAAUCAAACCCAUUAGGGGUUCUUUAAUCGAACCUAACAGUGCCUGUUGGGUUCGAUCAAUGAACCUAGCAAGCGCUCCUGGGUUCGAUUGAUGAACCCAGCAUGAACCCAGUGGCACAUGCUGGGAUCAUAGAUCGAACCCAAGAGUUCGAUGAACCCAAUGGUGCCAUUGGGUUCAUUGAUCGAACCCAAGAGCACUUGUUGGGUUCAUCGAUCGAACCUAGCGACAUUGUUGGGUUCUUGCUCCUGGGUUCAAUCGAUGAACCCAACAGGCACUCUUGGGUUCGAUUGAUGAACCCAGCGAGACCACUGGGUUCAGCUAUCGAACCCAACAAGCAUCGUGCGGCUAGGCGACAUCAUCACCGUCACAAUCUCCGUUUAGCCUGUGCCAACGUGUCGUUUUUUCACACGCUGGAUGCUGAUGUGUACCAAUUUCCACCUCUCCCCUCUGCUUUUGGCAUUUUGCUCUCCUCCUCCUCCUCUGCGGCUGAAGUGUUUGUUAUCUUCCACAAUGGGUGUGUUUCUCCGGCUCCACCUCCUCUGGCCCACAACAUCACCGCUAUUCUUGAUGGGUUCCCUGAAUAUUCUCAGUUCAACAACUACCUCACCCAAACAAAGCUUGACGACGAGAUCAACAGUCGCCAAACAAUCACCGUCCUAGCCCUCAACAAUGGUGCCAUGUCUGCCCUGGCGGACAAACACCCCCUCUCUGUCAUCAAGAACGCUCUUAGCCUCCUCGUUCUUGUCGACUAUUUCGACGGAGGGAAGCUCCACCAAAUCUCCAACGGCACCACUCUCAGCACCACUCUUUACCAAACUACCGGUAAUGCCCCUGGGAACCUAGGCUUCGUCAACAUCACCGAUCUCCAAGGAGGGAAGGUCGGAUUCGGCUCCGUCGCUCCCGGCUCUAAGCUUGACUCUUCCUACACCAAAUCAGUCAAGCAAAUCCCCUACAACAUCUCUGUCCUCGAGAUUAGUGCACCUAUUAUUGUGCCAGGGAUUCUGACGGCUCCGCCUCCGUCCGCUUCCGAUUUGAACAUCACUGGUUUGUUGGAGAAAGCCGGAUGCAAAACGUUCGCUAGCUUGCUUGUCUCGAGUGGCGUGAUUAAGACCUACCAAUCGGCGCUUGAUAAAGGCUUGACCAUUUUGGCGCCAAAUGAUGAGGCGUUUAAGGCUACUGGCGUCCUCGAUCUGAGCAAACUAACAAACGCCGAAGUGGUAUUGCUUCUGGAGUAUCACGCAUUGCCAGCGUACACUCCUAAGGGGACACUGAAGACGACGAAAGAUCCUAUCUCUACGUUGGCCACUAACAGUGCUGGAAAGUUCGAUUUGACCGCUACAUCUGCCGGUGACGAUGUGACGCUUCACACUGGAGUUGACUCGUCGCGAGUCGCGGAUACAGUGCUUGACUCAGCACCUGUCUCCAUUCUCACCGUAGACAGCUUGUUGCUAGCUGAGGAGCUAUUUGGCAAGUCUCCAUCUCCGGCACCGGCUUCGGAGCCCGGCAAGAAACCAGGUGGGUAGUAUAGAUUCUGUUUCUGGUUGUAUUACGAAACCUAAGAUCUUUUCUUAGGUACACAUCAGCAUCCAGCGUGUGAAAAAACGACACAUUGGUAC